GAGAGGAAGAAAGGCAGAAAAAGAGUGGAGAGAGGCAGAGAAAUAGAGAGAGUGACUGCUCGAUUAAAAUUAUAUAUGGCGUUUUUUUACUUCAAAUUGUGAUUCCUCCAACUCCUAAACGGAGGAAAAAACGAUUCGUUCAUCGAAAAGACACCGAAAAGACAUCCGCAGUCUUCAUUUAAGCCUUGAAGCUAGAUCAAUGAUUUAUAUUAUAGUGUCUGUCUAGAUCUAGACCUCCUAGUCUACGCUACCCUGCCUGAGCCAAGAGGGCGCUGAAACUUUCCGAAAUCACAAAAGAGUUCCCCUACAGGAAAGGAACUGAAGUAGCCAAAGAGUGCGGAACAUCCGAGGAAAAUGCCAUCUGCAGCGCGGGCUGAACUCAUUUCAGCAUCUGAAAAAGAUGUGGACCAACUCACACUGAUCACAAAAAGGCUUUCUGAUGAAAGCAAGCUACAGGACACGCUGUCUGAGUUUAGCAAAAGGCAGCUUGAGGACUUCUGGGAUGCUGUAUUGCUCAUUUGCAUGUCCACGAUUCUGGACUGUGAAACGGAGGAGAAGGAUCUGAAACAGGCGGCGAAUGUGUUGGGCUGCAUCACUACAUUAGCUGGCGCUACUGUGGAAAACUUACAACAGAUGCGGAAGAAAGAGGAGGAAACUGCAGAGGAUGUGGCUGUACCGCACAGUUUACAGGAGGCUGUUAUUAUCCUGCAUGGAGUUCUGCCCACACUGACUUCAGAGAUGAGCAAACUGAAGAACAAGAUGAGCUGUUUGUUUGAGGAGUGGUGGACAUACAAGUUUCCCUGUCGCGAGGAAGUCAUGGGCAACACCAUUGUCUAUCUCAUCACCAGGAGCACCCAGCCCAAGUCUUCGCAAAGGGAUGUGUCUCGCGUGUGGGCCGUACACAAGGUGCUGUCAGCCAUUGACCUGAGUGCGGAGAGUUCGAACCUCCUGAUGUCUCUUCUUCUGUCUUGUCUGCACCAUCACCAGUUUGUCACCACGGCUCCUGGUUUGAGAUUCCUGGUCCAUCUGUUCACCCUGAGUCCACAACUGACUGAACAGUUCCACCGGGCUGUCAAGAAUGGACUUCAUGCUACACCAAAGUCUUGGCACAGCAAGUAUGGAGAGAUUUACUUCAGGGCCUGGCAGAAAUCUCCUGAUGAGAAUAGACUGAAAAUUGAGCAGGGCUGCAUACAGGACCUGAUGUACCGGGCAGUCCAUUCUCAGAGGGGUGGUCAACAGUCAACCGCCAGCAUUCUGUUCCGAGUUCUGAGCUACAUUCACAAACAGAAGACACAACGUGGCGUGGAACAAAUGCUGAACCAACUGUACGAGCCGAUUCUCUGGAGGUCUCUCAUGGUGUCCAAUUGUGAUGUGCGUGUGAACGCCGCCAGCAUCAUGUUUGACGUGUUCCCGCUGCAGAACCCAGGACUAAACGUGCAGCAAGCAGAUCAGACCCUCCAGCGACAGUUUGAUGUCAUGCAUAGCUUGUUGUCAGACUCGGUGGCGGAGGUACGACUGGUGGCUGUGAAAGGCGUGGGUCGAGUCCUCAGCUUGUACUGGGAACUUAUUCCUGCUCAGGUGAUCCAGGGACUGGUGACUACCUUGGUACAAGAGUUGGCUUUUGACGUCUCCUCCCCAGUCGUUAGGGAAGCUGUUAUAAAGAUUGAACGCUGUCUGACCUUGAUCAAGGGUAACCCAGGCGCGGCUCGUCAGUUCUUCGUCCACCUACCCCAGCAUCUGCCAGUGCAAGAAUGUGCCAAGUACAUCACUUUAUUGUGCCGCUACGCCCUGGAGACUGUCCGACAACAGCAACAACAGACUGAUGACAGUGUGGCUGAUAGAAGCGACAAUAGUGACAGCAGCAGGGAUGCCAGUCGACUGUCAGAUGACAAGAACGAAACACCGUCUGGAUCAAAGAGGGCGAGAAGAAAGUCGUCAUCGCGGGCUGGUGGCAAGGAAGGGCAGAGUGGAAGGGAGUCGGGAACAGCAGGACAGUCAAGUGUGGCCAACGCAGACAUGCAACACAGCAGUGGCAGUGAUGGUGCUGGUAACGGAGAGGACCAAAGUGACGGUGCGGUGAUGCUGAGGGGUGUGGUGGAGGCGAUGUAUCUGAUGUACACUGGUAUAGCCGAGAAACUGGAUGCUGGUCAAGAGGCUGGUCUGAAGGAUGGACUGACGAAGAAACUAUGUAUAACUGUCAGAGAGUUGAUGGCCAGUUCUCAGGAUCCAAACCUGGACACAGCCCUGGUUGCACUAGCGGGCCACCUACCAUCCCGGUCACUUCCACUGGUCAGCCAGAACCUGGUGAAGAGACUAAAAAACUCUGGGAGCGGUGCGGAUCGUCAGAGGCUGGACUCUGCGGUGAUGGUCAAGUCUCUGGUGUUGUGGGGUCAAGCCGGGUCAGUUCUGGACAUGGUCAGAGAAUCUUUCUGUCAGCUCAUUGAAGGAGGGGAGAACAGGGAGUCGAGCUCCAACAAGGAGAAGAAAGGUGCUGAGAUAGAAGAAAGUAAAAAGAAAAAGAAAGCAAAGAAGGUGGUAGGGUUUGCGGUGGAGAAGGAAGCAACCAUUGAGCCCAAGGUCGCAAUGACGUGGCUGGUGGAAAUGUUGACCCAAGCAGAGUGUCAACCUAUACUGGUGAGGCGUCACAUGGAGGAUUUGAACUCUGUCCUCAAAGCAAUGAGGCCGAUAUUGGAGAAACUGACAGCACUUUUGUGUGAUGAUGAUAGGAGGGUGGGGAACUCUGCUGUAGAGGAGAGUUUGAUGGUCCAAGUGUUUACCACAUACCUUCGACUGCUGGCUUUUGUUGGUGUCAACGGACACUUAUUUGAGGGAGGUAAAGGUCGUGAUAUGGAUGCGGUUGCGAAGGCCAUUAAAGAAGAUGUUUGCAAGUCGCUGGACGAAGUUCUGUCCUGGACAGGUGAGGUGUUGUUGGAGAAACUAAGAAAUUCUUCGAAAGAUACAUUGUUGCAUCAGUGUGAGGUGGUUGGACAGCUGAUAGCGGUGGUGUUGAAGAUGUCGCGGUGUUUGCUGAUGGUUGAUGCGUACAACCAGGGCUUGUUUGAUCGCCUGGUGGACGUCUGCACAUCUCUGACAGCCCUGGACUUCCCCUGCCUGCCCACUGAUGUGAUGCACGGGGUUUUGGCUUGUCUGUACCAGAUGAGUCAAGUGCGCAACUCUUCUCAACGGAAAACGAAUAUGGCAAAUGUGGAGGGAGAUGACGGGAGCAACAGCAACAACGAUGACGCCACUGGCAACAACAGAAACAAUAACAACAAACUAAUAUCCGUGGUUAAUUCUUGUCUAUGUCGGAUCCUGGACUCUCUCCACACAGCUUCUGCAGAUAGGGAGGAGGAGGAGAAAGAGAUGGAAGAUGAGGAAGAUCGAUCAGGUGAGGGGGAGGGAGGAACUAAGAGAAGUAGAACCAGCACUAGCACCACAAGCCCUCCUCAUCCUCAUCCCCUCCUCGUGGAGUCUGCUGUGUUUGCGGAAAUUUUCCAAGAGUUGACAUGCAGCGGCAGAGAUGUGGAACAAGUGGAAAAACUUCAUGCAGCCAUGCUCCGAUGUAUAAUACGGGAUCUGCUCGUUGCUAGUGAGGAGGACAGACUGGGGGGAGGCCAGGAAAGCAGCCAGCCUCCUACUCCACUCCCACCACCCCCACCACUGUCGGCGACACUCCUGGCUGCUGUCAAGAAACGAUCAUCCAAUAAAAGAACGUUCCUGGAAGAGGUAGAGAGAAGACUGACCAGUGAGACUGAGAGGUGUGACAUUCACUCUCUGCACGCCAUGACGUUCCUCGUCUGUACCUUCAAGUCUUAUGGUGGACAGUUUGUACCCCGGUCAUUGGAGCGGUCAAUUUGUCAGCUGUUGUCACAGGUCACAGCCAACGGCAUGGAUGAGGAUGUGUUUAGAGAUGUGAAGAGACUGGUGCAGAAUAUGACAGAUUCCUGGGAGAGUCUUGUAGACUGAGAUUCUGUGGAAAUCUUUAACACCAGUAGUUGCACAGACUAUAUCAUAUAUGAACUCUGUCUCUGUCUCCCUCACUCACUUUUCUUCUCUGUCUUCCCCCUCCUUUGUCUUUGCACCUGAUUUUUUGCCAAAAUACCUGAUAUUGACCCCGAAUAUUCCUGAAAUAGGAAAUUUGAAGUAGGCAGCCCUGCAUUUUUGUGUUCUUUAAUUUCUUUUUCUAUGCCAAACUGUGUUUUAUAUGAAAAUAAUCAUUAAACAAUAUGAUCAUUAAAUGUGUUGUCCCCUCAUGCACAUUUCAUGAGGACUGAAAUGUUGAGGAUUUAAAGAUAUUUUUUGUAGCCGGUUUCACCUUCGCCUUAUUCUUUGUUGAUGCUGGUUGAAACAGACCAGGUAAAACUUUGGCAAAUGUUGCUCUGUUCCGACUAUUAAUGUGGAUUCUACCACUGUAUACUGUAUGUAGCUUGUAGCAGGCGAUGUGGUUCAUGUAGGUGCUUCUUUGUACUAGUUUAUUUACUUUUUUUUUGGUAUUGUUGAACUUAAAAGUACAAUUUUUGUACCAAUAGUUUCUUUCCCACAAGUGCAUGAUCUACUGUAUCAUUCAACAUCAAAUAAAAUGUUUUUUGUAAAUAAAGUUCAUGAUCAUC